UCAUCGUCCAGCAGAAGGAUUACUGGGUGUAGAGAGACUGAGAGAGACUGACUGGGGAAUGUCGUCAUUGUCGUCGUCGGCAAAUCCACCGUGCGCCGCCUGCAAGAUGCAGCGGAGGAAAUGCACGGUGGGCUGCGUGUUUGCGCCAUAUUUUCCGGCGGACAAUCCUCGGAAGUUUGCUUGCGUGCACAAGGUUUUUGGAGCGAGCAAUGUGGCCAAGAUUCUGAACGACAUUAACGUAGUGCAGCGUGAGGACGCCGUCAGAUCCUUGGCUUAUGAAGCCGAGGCCCGACUCCGGGACCCCAUCUACGGCUGCGUCGGCAUCAUCUCCGUCCUCCAGCACCGGCUGAAUCAGCUGCAGGAUGAACUCGUCGACGCCAGAAAAGAACUCGCCACCUAUAUUGGUCCUCAGGCCUUGCUUCCCAAUAACCAUCAUGUGAUGGGAUUCAAUGGGCAAGAGCUUUUGACUUUCAAUGGCGGCGGCUGCGGCGGAGGCCGCCAUGGUGGAUACCGGCCACUGGGCCCAAGCAAUGUGGGUCAUCAAGUUGAAGCACAUCAUCAUCAUCAGCUUGAGGUGCAAUCUCAGCAGUGGACGUGGUCACAGAAAAGCGAGGCACGUUGGGCUACGGGUCCAUAUACUCGAGCAUUAUGUGGAAUCUGA